GCCAGCAGAGGGAGACUCCUCAAAUUGCACACAGCACUCUGCUCAUCCCCUGGUUUAAGUUAUUUCUGAGCGUUAGCGUUCUUCAUCAAGUAAAAGGAAGUUGGAAGGGGAAAUGCCACCUCUGUGAAAUAUCACCCAAAGAAAAGCUGAGUAACUUGCCAUUAUUUUGGAGACAGCAAGGAAAGAACAUCUCAGAAGUGGGGCCUCAUCUUUCUAGUUUUAAGACGAGAGAAAAGGAGGAAUUAUUCUUCAGCAAGUUGUGAAAAUAAAUCUACAAUCUUUUAUAAUCAGGAGUUCGGACACCCAGGUACACCAUCCUCCCUCUCCCUGGUGUGUUUUUGCAACCAUCACGGGAGAACCCUCGGUGUGUGGCAAUUGAAUCAUCUUCUGCCCCUGCCUGGUAUAAGCUGUGAGGUGCCCUGUCUCAUUUGGCUUGAAAUUGGUUACUUCUGUUUUCCAUCCUCAUCAAGCAGAAGCCAUGUGUCACACACUGAAGUGGGGAACACCAUUACCCAAGCUCUUUCAGCUCUUGGUGCUGGUUGGUCUUUUUGACUUCUGUUCAGGCAUCGUUCAGGUGACCAAAACAGUGAAAGAAAUAGCAGUGCUAUCCUGUGAUUACAACAUAUCCACUGAAGAACUGACUGGAGUCCGAAUAUACUGGCAAAAGGAUAAUGAAAUGGUGCUGGCUGUCAUGUCUGGAAAAGUGAAGGUGUGGCCCAAGUAUGAGAACCGCACCUUCACUGACGUCACCAAUAACCUCUGCAUUGUGAUCCUGGCUCUGCGCCUGUCAGACAAUGGCACCUACACCUGUGUUGUUCAGAAGCGGGAGAGAGGGUCUUACAAGCUGGAGCACCUGACUUCGGUGAAGUUAAUGGUCAAAGCUGACUUCCCUGUGCCUAGUAUUACUGCCCUUGGAAAUCCAUCUCCUAACAUCAAAAGGAUAAGGUGCUCAACCUCUGGAGGUUUUCCAGAGCCUCACCUCUCCUGGUUGGAAAAUGGAGAAGAAUUAAAUGCUACCAACACGACGCUUUCCCAAGAUCCUGAAACUGAGCUCUACAUGAUUAGCAGUGAACUGGAUUUCAAUGUGACAGGCAACCACAGCUUCAUGUGUCUUGUCAAGUAUGGAGGCUUAACAGUGUCACAGACCUUCAACUGGCAAAAAUCUAAACGAGAAACCUCUUCUGCUAAUCAGUUCCUGCUCUUGACCAUUAUUAUGUCAGUCUCAACAUGUGGGAUUGCAAUAAUACUAAUAUACCGGCUCUGCAGACCUGCUGCUCCAAGACAGAGAAGGAGGAGGAAUACGGAGAGCAUGGAAACGGAAAGGAUCUCCCCAAUCUACACAGGAUCUGUGGAAGGACCAGGCACCUAGAGCACCGAUGGACACAGACUGGGGUCACUCCAUACUAAUUCAGUUAACAUCUCAUUGUCCUGUCUGCCUCUUACUAAGAGUCAUUCUAUUGACCCAAUCACAGACCAACUUCCUAAAGAAUUACUUCUCCAUGUCAUUUUCCCACUUAAAAACUCAGAAGAAGAGACAAGAUUCAGAUGGUGGAAUAGAAGGACUUAAGCUCACCUUCUCGCACAAAAACACCAAAAUUACAACCAACUGCUGAACAACAAAAUAGACUGCAAACUACCAAAAAAGAUAUCCUACACCCAGAGACAAAUAAGAAGCCACAUCAAGAUGGUAGGAGGGGUGCUUUCAUGAUAUAAGCAAUCUCAUACCCACUGGGUUGGCAACCCAGAGAUUGGAAAAUGACUAUCACAGUAGUGAGAAUUCUGAGCCCCACUCAGGUUCCUACACCUGAAGGUCUGGCAUUUGGAGGAGGAGCCCCCGGGCAGUUGGUGUUGAAGGCCAGCAGGGCUUGUGCCCAGGAGCUCCACAGGACUGGGGGGAACAGAGACUACACCCUUGGAGGACACACACAGGUGUUUGAGUGCACUGGGUCCUAGGGCAAAGCAGAGACUCCAUAGGAAUCUGGGUAAGACCUGCCUGUGGUUCUUGGAGGAUCAUCUGGGAAAAUACCAUGGGGGAAGGACAUUGGAGGCAGAGGUCUCUGGAACAAUCAUCAUCGUGAUCUCCCCUGGAUGAGAUGAUUUUGGAAAAAUCUGGCCCUACCCAUCAGUGCUGAGAAGCCCCAGGCCAAAAAACAAACAGGUUGGGAACACAGUCCCUCCCAUCAGCAAACAGGCUGUCUAAAGUCCUCCCAGGCAUUUAGCCACCUAUAAUCACACCCAGAAACAAAACCCCACCCACCAGAGGGAAAAGGAUCAGUUACACCUACCAGUGGGCAGGCACCAGGGCCUCCCAUCAGGAAUCUUGUAAGAAACCCCCAAAUCAGCAUGUAAACUCAGCCACUAUGGAGAACAGUUUGGAGAUACCUUAGAAAUCUAUACAUAGAGCUUCCAUAUGACCCCGCAAUCCCACUCUUGG